UGCUUCAACUUGAUAAGCGGCAUCCACGCAGCCCUUGAACUCAUGAAACGUCUUCGUGAAAUAAAUGAAAAGCGAGUCCAGCCGAUAAGUUACACGUCUUUCUACAUUCCUGAGCUCACAGACAUAUUUGACGUCAGAAAGUUCGCGAAUUGGCUAAUCCAACGCCACUCCCGUGAGAAGGCUAUCAACUCCUACUCUGGGCAGUCGCCUCCACCGGAUUUCUCCGUCUUUGACUAUCCAUUCGUCUUCGAUGUGGCGUGUAAGGCCAAAAUGCUGGAGACAGAGGCCAAGUUGAGUCAAGACUUGGCUAUGGAGAAGGCAUCUUCUGCGAUCAUCGGACCUCAUCUGGCUCGUAUCCUCGGGCCCUUUGUACAAACCUACGUAAUCUUUGAGGUCUCCCGCUCUCGUCUCAUUUCUGACACUCUCGACCACCUGGCUAUGCACUCACCUGCCGAUCUGAAACGUCCACUCAAGGUUCGUUUCUCAGAUGAAGAAGCAAUUGACGAUGGGGGAGUUCUGAAAGAGUUCUUUAUUUUGAUCAUGCGUGAGCUCCUGAACCCGGCGUAUGGCAUGUUCAAGGAGUAUCCUGAAUCGCGCAUGCUAUGGUUUAACGAAAACUACUGUUACAAUCCAUCUUUCAAAAGGACCUUUUAG